AUGAUCGUAAUUUUGGCAUUCACCGCCUUCGUGAAACCCGCAGCAACAGGUUAUGUUUCGGAGGAGUUAGUGUUCCCGAAAGUCAUCCAGGAAAGGAUAGCGAGUAGCGAAAAGGUUGUUUUUAUAAAGCCAGGCAUUUUUCUUAACUUGGAGAAAAGCCAUAUAUUGGCUGAUCAACUUAUAUUGACUGAUUCUGAAGACGACGCACUCGUCCAUACGAUCAUAAACGGAACCAAAGCAGAAGAAAAUUUGUAUCAUGACAAGUACAAGGGCUCAUCUCUCUUUCUCCAUCAAACUGGUGACGCUGUAUAUCUUAAAGGAAUGCUCACUCCAGAGUGGCAGAUCGAACCAUCGAUCACCGAGGAGCGUUCACCGAACAAUGGCGUGGCUCAUCGAGUGGCUAAAAUCCCAAAAGCACCACUCUAUUGCAAACAGAUAGCUGCGGAGGCCAAUCAUAUCCAUCACAAUGUCGUCACUGAAAGCCGACAGCUACCCGAACUCGUCACCCCAGAAGUGUACGUGAUCUCCGACUAUCGCCACAAUCAAGCCUUCACACACUCGGAUCUGGUGGCGUAUAUGGCGGCGCUAUUCAACGCCGUCAACCUGAGGUUUGCAAGCAUUUCAAAACCUUCCGUGCGUCUACGUCUCGUUGGAAUACAACGGGGAACGCCUGAAACAGAAAUCUACAUGAAGAAACAUCUCGGUCACACCCUCGGCACGGAAUCUCUACUGAGGCUUCGAAACUACGUGAACUACGGCUACGUCCAUGGUAAUCCCGACAUGGUGUAUCUCAUGACAGGGAAGAAAAUAGCAACAUUGAAAAACGGUCGAAUGUCCACUCGAGUUUCCGGGCUGGCCUACGUGGGCGGUCUUUGUUGGUCCACGAAAGUGGCCAUCGGAGAGGACAUUCCUCUCUCGUACAAAGGAGUCCACAUCGCGGCGCACGAGAUAGCCCACCUGCUCGGAGCUGUGCACGACGGCAGCGGUCCCAUCAGCUACAUACCAGGCCACCCCGGAGCGAAGAAAUGCCCUUGGUCUGACGGCUACAUCAUGAGCUACAUAGACAGUGGCGAGAAGAACUUUCGCUUCUCUGUGUGUACCAAUGAACAAAUUCGAAUUCUUUUAAGGAACAGAGACGAACGCUGCAUCGGUCUUUCUUCCGAGCAGGACCUCACAAGCAAAAGCAGCAAACUUCCAGGACAAACAAUUUCAGGCUCCACGUUUUGUGAAGCCAGGUAUCCAUCCUGGGAGGACGUAAAAUACCGUGUGCUUCCUGGAAUGGAGAAAAAAUGCCUCUUCCAUUGUUGUGGGCCCACUGACGAAAAUGGAGCCGCAGUGUGCCAGCAGCACCCUGCUCUUGAUGGCAUGAGUUGCGAGAAGGAGAAGAUAUGCAAGAACGGCAUCUGUACCUGACGUCGAAACAAGAAGGAGGAUGACAACUGACAUGACUCUGC